AUGAACACAGCGUCACAAGGCGCACAUUGGUAUACACCAUCCCCUCACGGCUAUGGAAGGUAUUACGGUGGUGCUGAAGAUCGUUCAGCUAGUGAUCGGACCAAUCACAUUCAAGUUGGUAAAUACUCGAUACCACGAUCAGCGAAUAGCCUCUCAUACUAUGAUAGCUCGAGUCAUGGUCCUCUGGAGGCUAAUGUAUACCCUCUUCCCCAUCAACUACAAUAUCAACAAAACGGCAGUGGAGGAUUUAUGUACCACCAACAACGCUCAGAGCUUGACCAAACUUUCGUACCUCAAGCUGUUCGACACCAAGAGGAACAAGAGCCUAUUGGCGAAGAGCAUGUGACAAGAUACAUCGAUGAAAUGCUGGACAGCUUCUUCUAG